AUGCCGCCCAACCAGUUCCUGUUCAUCAACAAGGACCCGACCUCCAAGUCUCUCUCCAAUAACCGAACCGAAAAUUCGCUGGCCUACAGCAAGAUCAACAAGCAUGUCCAACGGCUCUCGGCACGUCAGCGGUUGCAGCACAAGGCGCGAGUUCCCAAUUCAGUUGCUCAAUCGCUGGUGGGAUGGCAAAGCUUGAUUCCGUUGACUCCAGAGUCGUCCGAGGAUCAGAGCCCUUACACUCCCAGGACCGGCUCCGUCUCCAGUGUUAGCGAAGGGGAGGAGGACACGGUGGCGGCGGAGGAUGAUGUCGAGGAAGUGCCGAGGCCUCGCGCAGUCGAACCCGGGAACAGUACGUGGUUGCAACCAGCGAACCGUUCGUCAUGGAGACCUGCGGUCGACUCACUCCCAAGCUCAGUGGUCAAGCUAGAUGCCAGUGGCCACCGGGUGCUCCAGUACUACCUACAAGUCUGGAUGCCCUCUGCAAGCCACAUACCCGUGGGCUGCCAGAUCGCUGGGUUUACGCCAAUAUGGCCAAAUGAUUUGCUGCUGGCGUCGCAGGUAAUGGAGGGCGCCAUGCAAACAGACGAUCCGCUUUCAAUGCACUCCCUGCUGGCUGCAGGAUCACGGCGAAUGCAGUCACUGCAUCGUCAGCGGUUUGAUCAGCCAGGACUGCCCGAGCUGCACACCCUGAAGGCAGUGCAAGCCUUGCGCAAGCGCGCCGAAACCUCGGGCCCGCUCAACGAACGACUGAUUCUGGACAUUUCGUACUUGAUUCUUGCUGAUCUAUACGCCGAGAUACCCUCGCGCUCUGAGAUUUACUAUCAGAUCAGCCGCGACCUGAUUGCGCGAUUUGGGGGCUUGCAGAACCUAGACCCCUUCACCACCCAAGCCGCUCUGGCGUACGAUUAUUUCCACAGCAUUGGGACUCUGACAAUGCCAGCACUCGAUCCACUGCACGACACGGCACUACUUGGCAUCGACUCUUCGACAAUGUCAGCGGAGAAAGCCAAGGAGCUGGCCCAGAACCAGGUGGCAAACCUCGAGCCGCGCAUGCGCAUGACGGCGCUGGUCAAACACGACUUCGCCCGGGUGCUGCGGGAAAUCCAAACCCUGCCUCCCGCAGUGGUCGGCGACCUCAAAGACAUGAUGACGCACCAUGUGCCGCAGCUAUACCCCGUCCUCGCCGGACCGUUUGUCCAAAACGAAGGCGAGCAACCCGCCGCCAGCCAAAGCGCCAGCAAUGCACUUCACCUCAUGGAGGCCGACACGCUCUCCAUCCAAACCCGCAACGCCCUGUGUCACGCCUGGCUAUGGUACAGCGCCAUGGGCUGCGUCGGCAUCAUCAAGAGCUCGAUGGAGGACCUGGAUCCCUGGGCCGAAGCGCACCAGACCUACCAGCCACCGGCGCACAUUGGCCAGGCGUCGGGCGCGUGGCAGCAGUUGAGCCGCAUCGAAGAGCUGCUGAAGGGGACGGGAUGGCAGGUCAAGCCGCUGCUGUCGCUGUGGCUGUACGCGGUCGGGUACCUCCUUGCGACGACGCUGGAGGACCGCAACGCGUAUGGCGUGCGUUUUCAGUGGGAGGUUCGCGCUCUCCAUAUCAUCGAUCUUGAUGGGCUUCGGAGAGGCCUGGCGUCGCAUUUGCCGCUGCAUCGGAUCGCGCCCGAUUGGUUGCUGCUGCUGGGGGCACUGCUGCCGCGAGACGACGGUGGCUGA